UUCGCUCUGCACCCGCACUUCGCGAGGGACGCGUCCCCUGCGUUCGGGCCUUAAUUUAUAAGUGAAGCCCGAGGCGCACACAGGCGGGGGCCUGCCGCCGGCCGAGUUUCCCCGGGGCACCUGGGCUUUUGCAUAGAAGUCUCAGGACGGCCCCGUCGGGGAGAAAAGUUCCCUCCCAUUCUUUCAUUGAAUUCUUCAUUAUCAGUCUUGGCAGAGUUUAUAAUAAGAAACGUAUUUCUUUGGCCUUUGCCCCUGGUUCCUGGCACAGAGCCCCUAAAACCUUCCGAGUGAUAGGAGCGUUUUUUAUUUCGUUAGGAGCCCCUUUUGAGCACGCCGAAGUUUAUGCUCAUGAGUGACCGGGUGGGUCUGGUCACCGGAAAACCCCAGAGGUCCAGUGCACGUGCCAACAUUACUCUGUCUGGGAAGAAGCGCAGAAAACUCCUCCAGCAGAUCCGGCUUGCCCAGAAAGAGAAAGCAGCCAUGGAAGUGGAAGCCCCUGCAAAGCCAGCCAGGACUAGUGGCCCACAGCCUAAAUCAAAAAAGAAGACGAAGCCCCCCCAGGACGUAGACAUGGAGGACCUUGAAGAUGGGAGCUAAGUCUUACCCCUUUCAUCACAAGGUUCUCACCUGGAGCCAGGCGGACUCAGGGCUUGUUCCAGAAGACUUUGGAGAAGACAUUGCACCUUUUCACUCUCCCCAGACUCCUCUUCCAUAAUGGCCUAGUGGCCUGCCUGGAGGGACGUGUUGAGAGGAAGAGUGGAAAAGGAGGACUGGAGAGGCGGCUCCUUAGCAGGCAACUCCAUUUGCAAUAAAGCCCAUAGUUCUCACUGAGAUGUUUGUGCUUGAGUGCAGGGCUGGGGAUGGGCCGUGAGAAGGGCUCUGUGAGUGGGGAAAAGGCAGCUGUGACACAGGACCCACAGGGUGUGCUCGAGCAAAGGCAUCAAGGAGCCAGCCUCCGUGACAGCCUGUGAGUGUCACUCCAACUUUCCACUUCCGACCAAAGUAUAGCUUGCUGUAGAGAUGGCCGAGGAGGUAAGGGUCCUGAAACCAGCCCUGCCACUGCUCUGUGUUACCGGGUGGACAAAUCACUUUGUCAUGUUUGUCGCUGCUUCCUUUGCUGGAUUAUAUUUUUAAUAAAGUGAAGACCAGA